AUGGAUGGUAUAGAGAUUCCUGACACUGGGCUGUUUCUCCGUACCGGAGAACAGCCCGGGGACGCUUCCACCAAACCGGCCCAAAUCAUGCGGCUCAAUUUGGUUCAGAGUACUCUCGACGAACUCAUUCUGACUCUACGAAAUGACGAACCUGCUCGUGUCCGCCUAGGAAAACACCCGUCUCUCCAUUACGCUGGCAAAUCCCAAUCCUUCCACGCCUACCCCGAAACUCACCGAUCCGAGAUCUACCACCUUUCGACUGAUAAGAAAUCCCUCUACUUCACCGGUGUGAUGAGCCACAGUCUGGAAGUGGAAAAGGCCAAGAAGGCAACUGCAGCCACAGACCAGGCCCUGGCUACGCUGGAAGAAAGCCUCAAGGAGAGCUUGAGUGCUUUCGAGAGGGGCAAAGAUGCGAAGAAAACCACCAUAAUGCACCACCCAGACGAGUUCAAGGGUCUUCGCGGGAAUAAAGCCCGCGCUCCAAAAACAAAGGCGGACCUGGAAAGGGAACGAGUACUUCGAGCUUCCGCCAAUCGAUCUCUCAAUGCAAGUCCAACUCUAGGGGCCUCCCGCUCACCAAUUCCUCCAACAUCGGCUCCCGCCUCCCAAACAAAGUCCAAUGCUCGUCUCGAGGCUCUGAAGAUGCCUUUUAUUCACCUGCUCGCCGUUCGUGCCGUUUCAACCAAAUUCCUCUCCCGCCAAACUUGUUCCUCAAUUGAGGAUUGCGCGAGCCUGGCUCAGAAGCUCGGCUCAGAGAACCGAUUGAACCGUGAGAAGUUCGACCUGAAAGAUAAGAGCUACAAAGACCUUGACGUUUGGAAAUUCCCUUAUCCGAACCAAGAGGAUCGCCAACAAGCAAUUGAGAAUGCUGUCUCGGCCUUUGAUCGGAUGCGAAUCUCUCGCACUGAUAAACUCUGGCAAAUGUUGCUUCCCAAGGAGGAACGAGGCAAGGGCAAGUGCCUAUCUCGACUGAACCUGAGCAACGGGCCGAUCAAGAAAGCUGCCGCAUCACGAAUGCAACUCGACGGUGUCGAAGAUGAUGCCGGUCAUGAUAUCGAGCGGGCUCCGGGCUCUGGUGUUACUGCGACGAAAUCAAACACCGCUACACCCCGGUCAAAUGCGGCGCCGAAGACACGACUGGAGAAGGAGCCGGCCAAGCGACCUACGAAGAGCAAGCCUACCACCAAUAGUACGUUGGCAGGCCGCGUUACGAAAAAGACUGAAAGAAAGCCUCCGGCCAAGACGGAGAGCAAGAUCAAGUCUGCAGAAUUUGUGCUUGACUCUGAUGACGAUGAUGAUAUGCUUGGUGCUGCGCCCGCUCCAUCGCAGCGUUCAAAGGAAGAUCUUAAGCCCGCACCACCUAAGAAGGCCCCGGCCUCGGCUACAGCCCAGAAGAGUCCUACCAAGAGCCAGCCGCUUCCCAAACCUCUUGCCCGUGAUUCAUUCAAGUCUCCCAAGUCAGAGGCACCGAAUCCCAAGCUGGAAUCGUCCCAACCUGUAAAGGCAGCUUCCAAGCGACCUCCUUCUCGCCUAUCAAACUCUCCACAGAAGCCUUCUCCGCUCGGGUCUUCUCCGCCAACCAACUCAUCUGAUGUCCAAGGCCGCAAUCGCUCUGACAGCACCAAUCUGUCAAGCUCCUCGUCAUCCUCUCCUCUUAUUGCGCAACUCUCUCGAUCUAGUAAACCAACUACGACUGCUGUUGCUCGCUCUCAAAAGCCUGCAGUAAAGACCAAUGGCAUCGCCAAGUCUGCGCCUGCUACAAAUCCCUUGAAGCGCAAGGCGGAACCCGAACGUCUGGCACAGCCAGCCGCACGCACGACCGCAAACCUCGAGCACAAGCGACGUCGAGCCAUCAGUGCCUCGAGCGGAGGCAGCACGGGCAGUGCUUCUCCACCCAUGAGCCACGAGCUCCUGCGACAGCAACUGCGCGACAAGUCGCAAACCUUCAAGAAAAAUUAUGCCAGAUACCAGUCCCUGCAUGAAGUCCUCGCAGCACAGGCCAAUCCAUCCCAAGCGGACUUGGACCGACUGCAGAAGCAGCGCAAGCGUCUGCAGACCAUGAAAGAGGAAAUCUGGGCUGAAGAUCAACGACUUCGAGAAGGCAUUCUCUCCUAA